CGUACUACCACUGUGUUACCGGUUUCCGGGCAGCACUAAUGCUAGACCGGCCAACCGCGCCGUAAUCGCUAGUGCGGUUAACGCAAGGAAAUCCCAGUAUUCCGCGUACUUUCGUCUCGUUAAAGGCCAUGAAAUAAAGGAAGUCACCGAAAAUAUAUGAGCGAACCUGUCCUUCCAUUGUAGUUCCACCGGCGACUUCUCUAGUAACUGCCUUGGAGGACGGAUAUGGCUACAGCCAGCGGUGACACAACCGUGCCCGAGCUUACAGAGGAGCAAAAGAAGGCAAUAGCUGAAAAACGCGAGCGUGCCAUUCAGAUAAGGAAGGCCAAGUUGGCAUUGAGAAGCAUUACUGAAAGUGCUGGUGGCUCUCCAACGAAGCAGCAGCGAGUUGUUGACACAGGUGGUGGCUUUCUACUUGAUGAUGGUACUCCUAGCUCACAAACAGUGCCAACACCGACAACGGUGGAGAUGCCCUUGGAACACACUACCUGUGAUUCCUGUGGCAAGCAGUUCCUGAUGUCCUUCCUACUGGAGAAGUUUGCCUUGGAAAUAUGUGACAAGUGCAGAGACAAGGAGGACAAGCACAAGCUUGUCACCCGAACAGACUGCAAGAACGAGUACCUGCUCAAGGAUUGCGACCUCGACAUGCGGGAGCCACCGUUGAAGUACAUCCUCAAGCCUAACCCACACCACGCCCAUGGCAACAUGAAGCUCUACCUGAAAUGCCAGGUUGAAGAGAGGGCAAUAGUGGUCUGGGGGUCCUUGGAAGCUUUAGAUGAGCAGCUAGAGAAGAGAGACGAAGAGAGAUCCAAGAGGAAGCGAAAGGCAUUUAAUAAACGUGUCAAAGAGCUGAGGAUGACUGUGAGGAGCAGUUUGUACCGUCCACUUGGACAGAACCACGAACACAGCUAUGGGCCAGAGUCACACGACUCAGACAGCGAUGAAUACUUCAAAAUUUGCACCAGCUGUGGGCACCGAAUGAGCUACUGAGAAGAUGUGAUGCUUUUAUGUAAUAAACUUUAUAGCUGUACAUAAUUUUAA